AGCAAUGAGUGACAACGCAAAGUGGCAAAUCCAUCGCUUCACGUGUUAAAAACGGACUUUUAUUUUGAAGGAGAAACUCUCCCUAAAAGUUUGAAGACACGCCUUCGCGUUAACGUCACUGCGAAUGCGGAAGCAAACCGCCUGAUUUUCCCACAUGGUGAAAAUGGCUGCGAAUGGGGAAAAACAGCAGGGCCACAGAGCCGGUAUUUACAAACAAAAAAACAAAGGCCACAAACAUGGCAAGCACCGGACGAAAGGUGAAAUCGAGAGAGAAAAUAAAGGUAAGUCGUUUUUAACAACAACCGUGUCUUUGAGAACAGCGUUAGCUCUUUCAUGUUAGCAUGUUAAUGUGGUGACUGGACACUGCAAACACACGUGUUGAGUUUUCGGGGUAUUUAAGGGGUGGCAGCUGUUUAAUACGAACGGAUACAUGCUGUUAAAGUGUUAUUACACACUUUUAAGAUCUUUGUAACAUGCACAACUAUCACCUGGAGGCAGGUCAGGCAAUGACAUUAAUGAACCUAUAAUACCUCUAUUAAUGCUGGGAGCAGAAAUAUGGAAUAAAACAGUAAUACAUGGUAAUACAGGUGGAAGAAAAUCUCUAUAAUUAUCUACUAAUUUAUGUCUUAAGACGCAUGUAGAUUGUAUUGUUGCGAUAUGGGGUGUAUGGUUACGUCUCUGAUCAUAAAUACUGUGAUGCUCAAACGAAAGUAAACAGGCAUGAAGGCUGAGAAAAAGGAUGGUGCCAUAAAUCAAUCAAAUGAACAUGUGAAAAAUACGAGCAGAAAUAAACAACAAUAAAUUAAUUAAAUAAUUGGGAGUUUUACACAACUUAAUGUACAUAUUUUAAUCAGUGCCUUUACACGGUGAACAUCUUAUGGACUCUGGAUUCUAUGCAUCAGAUCAGGCUAUGGGUGAUGAGUGUUAAAUCAUUGUUUGUGUGCUUGUUUCUCAGGAAGAGUGUCUGUGACAGCCCUUACCAAAAAGCAGAGAAAGGAGCAUAAGAAAAUGGACAGAAGACACAAAGCCAACCAGCUUCGCAGGAAUAAGAAAGACAUGGUAACUUCUCAUUCCACGUGAAAGUCAGUCUUCUCAAAUUUUUUAAAUGUUCUGUUCAGUGACGGACUCUCGUCACCUUUUUUAGGUCCUGACAGAAAAGCGACGACUGGGUAGCAGGGAUGGUCCCCCACAUUUGGUCGCAGUGCUUUCUCUCCAUGCCGCCGCUGAUGCCGAUGCUGUCACCAAACUGCUGCGUGGUGAGGGCGCAGGCGGUGUGGUACAUCAGGAGCGCUGCAUCAGUGGAGUCAGCGACAGCUUCGGGCUGAUUCUGCCACGGUUUAAGCAAAGAUUCAUCUUUCUCAGGCAAAGCACAGGUAAAUAUCAAAAGUUAUGAAACAGUUGAAUGUGUUUCAUACCUCUGUGAUGUGGCGGAAAAUGUUUUUGGAGGUAAAAUACAAAUAUUAAAACAAAAAGUAUAAUAAUGUUAAAAAAAUGACAAAGGUGUUGACAUACACCUCUUCUACAGCUUCUGCAUGUUUGUUGGAAUACUCUAACUCCAUUCAUUUUUUUCAGAGCAGUUACAAACAAGUAUAUAUAUUAUAAAUGUUUUUUUUUUUGUCUUUACUGCACUAUUUUCUCAUUUCUAUGUUCUGUUCUCUUCUAAAAUGUCUCUCCAGAUGACAUGCACUCCCUGCUUGAUGUGGCAAAGAUUGCAGAUAGCCUUGUGUUCGUGCUGGACUCCACUGAAGGUUGGGACACCUAUGGAGACCACUGUCUGUCCUGUCUCUUUGCACAGGGCCUCCCCAGCCACGGUGGGUGAAAACCUCAACAUACUGUUAAAGCUUUAAUUUUCCUCAAUUGAUACAUGGAAAGACUUCUUUUGCACCAGAUUUUCUUGAUUUAUAUUGAGGUGUAUAAUAUCUAAUCCUGCAUUUCUCUAUCCCUCAUGUAGCCCUGGUGUGUCAGGGUGUGUCUGACCUCCCUGUGAAGAAGAGAGUUGAGUCCAGGAGAGCUCUGUCAAAGAUCACAGAGAUCCGUUUCCCCGACACUCGUCUCUUUCCUCUGGAUUCGGAGCAGGAUGGCACCCUUCUUCUCAGACACCUGGGCAUGCAGAGACAGAGAAAACUCGGUUUCCGCUCCAGACGGUCCCAUCUUUUAGCUCAGCACGUCACUUUUACACCAAACAGCCCAGGUGAGGGGACAGGCGGGGGACCCACCGGCUUGGGCACCCUUUGCGUCUCUGGGUAUGUCCGAGGCCGCCCCCUGAAGGUCGACAGACUGGUGCACAUAAGUGGACACGGAGACUUUCAGCUCAGUCAGAUUGACGCUCCAACAGACCCUCUACCGCUAAAUUUAACAACAGCCAGACCAGCGAAGCCCGGGAAAGGGGGAGAUGUUGACAUGAUGGUGGGUGUUCUCUGACUCAGUUCUUCCUGAGAUUUUAUUUAUAACCUGUUUUAUGAAAAUAAAUGGUUUACUCAUUUCAGCUAUGAUGCUUAUACCUGGUUUUGGAGUUCAACAAAUGUGUGAAAAUGCAUCAGAGGACAGAAUAUCGUCCGUUUAUGUGUAGUUUACUAUUCUGGAAACAAUCAAUUGAAUUCUGGUCCAAAAAAUUACUCAUAACUUCAGCUCUAUAUUUGAGUUAGAGUUGAUGCAAGCAUAUCAGAUUGAUGGUAGUUUAAGCUUCAUAUGUGCCCUGCCGUCUGUUCCUCACAGGAUGGAGGUGAGGAUGAGGCUCCAGCACGGGUGCUAAUGAAAGCAGACCCAUCCUGCAGAGAGAGUCUUCAGACUGAGGCUGAAGUGGACCCCAUGGAUGGAGAGCAGACGUGGCCAACGGAAUCUGAGCUGCUGGAGGCUGAAGGUGCAAAAACAUUAUUUAGACAUGAUCAAAUUUUGACACAAUAGAUAUAAAUAUAUGAACAGAUUGGAUUUUCAUGAUGAAUUGAUUGUUAAGAAACAUAAUCAGUUAGUUAAAAAAAAGACAGAGCAAAAUACAUGUUUUUAGUAAUGUUAACUUUACUUACUUUAUCCUGAAUAUUUGUCUUUGUUGUUUAGAGGCUAGAAAGACCAAGCGCGUGAUGAAGGUCCCGAAAGGAACCUCAGACUACCAGGCCACCUGGAUCGUCGAUGAAGAUGAGGAGGAGAACGGAGAGCUGGACGAGGAAAGCAGUGAAGAUGACGAUGACAACGAUGACAUGUUGGAUGAAGCCAUGUAUGGGGACGACGAAGACAUUAACUCUCAGGUACGCACUGGAAGUAAAGAAGGGAGAUGACAGCAAUAGAGCAAAAGUAUAAGAAGAAGUACAAGAAGAGUCUGAACCUGUAAGCCAUGGGCACCUCCUUCAAAGAUAGUAAAAGAAAACACGGAGUUAAUGAGGAGAAAAUGUGUUUAAUCUCUGUGUUUCAGAGGCUAACUGAGGAAUUGGACUGAAUGUAAAAUAAACAGAGAAUUAAAAGAACGGGACACUAGGUGGCACACAACAAGCUAAAGGUGACUAAGCCUCAAAACACGUCAUUUUUCAGCAUAUAGUAGAAAGCUGACUUUACAAGAAGGAUAGAGAGUAACUUGGAGGAAAAUGAUCUAAAAUUCACUUUUUGUUUGACCCUUGAAAAAAGGAAAAUUAAGUUUAGAAAUCAAGUAAUAAAUAUAGAAGAUAAAAGGGUAAAAUACCACUAACUAAAAUCAGUGCAUAAUAAAUACACCUCUUCACUUGCAGAUUUUGCAGCUUAAAAACUAAGAUAUUUAACAUGAAUUUACCGCUUGUUGUUAACAUAGUCAAGAAGAUAAUUAUUGUCCAUUUGGUGUUUUAUAAUUAAGCUAUAGCUGGGUUGAAGGUGUUUAGGUAUGAUUCUAUAUACUUCUUAAAAAAUCUCUCUGAACAGAUUUAAAAGUUAGUUGUUUCAGCAAAGCCUUAAGUCAUCUUUAAGAUUAGUCUGUUGAACUUCUUCUUGUUGUCAUAGCAACAGUGAGGCAGUAGUGAGGCAGCAGUCAGACAGCGUCAUCUUAUCAAGGAUGUGGGGGACAGUAACCUCUGGAGAAGAGGUAUUCGUGGUUCCGGGGCUGCAGCGGUGCAUACGUGACCCGCGGUGGGUGCUCCUCGUCACUGAGAGGCACUGUUUGUUUUCCCAGUGUCUGCCUCGGCCUACAGUGCCAGGCUGCUCACCACAACAAUAGUGUUUAGAGUCCCGAGAGAAGCCUCCUGUCUUCCUGUCCUGUGAACAGAACUUCCUGUCUGGACCAAAGGGAGGGGUUGAACAAUUUAUUUAUUUCCAGCUCGGCUUGAAAAGAGGUCGGGGAAACUCUUCCUUAUGCAACGGGUUCAUUAGGAUCUGUGAUUGUUAUUAGCAUGUGUUUGAUGUCAUAGGAAUACGUAUCUAGGACAGGGUAACAAUGGGAAACGGGCACUUCAAAUGAUAAUGAUUAUUAUUAUUGCUGCGGGGAUGUUGGAAAGGUUGUGAAUCAACCUCCUGCUGGGUGCUUCCUCCUCAUUUGUCUGACUCUGUCUGUAAUCUACAAGUCAAAGGUGCACUUACGAGCAUUUUCCCUGUGAUGAUUCAUUUCCUUGUACAGUUUUAUGAUCUUCUUCAGUUGAAUUUCUAGACAUUCCUGAAAGUAGAUGUCUAGAAACACAGGAUUCACUUGCACACGCUCACAGGUUAUGGAAAAAUGCAAAUAUAUGCAAACCAGGGAUUCCGAGAUUCCUGUCCUUUCAGUCGUGGAAACACACCACCAUCACCUUGACACAGCGCUCUUACACAGUAUACAAGUCUCCGCAAACAUUGGGGCUACUCAAAAAAUCACCUUUUCUAUAUCUGGCAUUCCCAGAUACCCCAUGUUCAAGUAAUCAAAUUACUUUAUAAUCAAUUGAUUUCUUGCAAAUGGUAUAUUUUUUACCCAAAACAGACGUCUUUGUAGUAGCCAUUUAAGGUGGAAACACAGGAGUCUAGUUCUAGUGCUGGUAAAGUAAAAGGUUCAAUUUACCAAACAUGGAAAACGUAAUGAAACAAUUUUUUCGCCAUGUUUCGAGGGAGAUUUAUUUUGGCGCUUCAUAAUUUCCACCCACAGUGUUAGAGUUGCAGAGAUGUUAAAAACUAUACAUCUUUACUACAACAGCUUCUGCAUAACUUUUCAUAAAGUAGCACUUUUUUUGGAAGCUCAAAGUUGUCUUUUUGGUCGUAUAAAAAGCAAUUUUAUAGAAUUGACUGCAAAUUUUGGGGAAAAUUACAGCCCACCUGGAUAAAUACGAGUUAAUCCUCCGCCCUCUUUGCUCAGGAUGCAGGUUCUGGCUCUGAAGAAGAAGCCGAGGAGGAAGAGGAGGAGGAAGAGGUGUGCUCCACAGAGCGCGCUGGAGCCGAUCAGCGCUAUGAUGACAACAUGGAUGAAGCUGCAGAAGAAGAAGGCCUGAAACGCUACCGUGAGGCACGAGCCAAUGAAAUGUUCCCAGAUGAGGUGGACACUCCCCUCGACGCGGCGGCCAGAAUCAGGUCUGUUUUGUUUCAUGAUGGAGGCUGAGGAAGAAAAAUGAACACGCUAAGAAUUCAAAUUAUUCCCAUUAUUAACAUUGUCUACUUCCUCUAGAUUUCAGCGCUACAGAGGUCUGAAAAGUUUCCGCUCCUCGCCAUGGGACGCCAUGGAGAAUUUGCCUCUCAACUACUCUCGCAUCUUCCAGUUCCAGAGCUUUGAACGCACCCGGCACCGCAUUCUGGCUGAGGCUGCAGCUGAAGAGGAGGGAGCUAUGGUAAAAAUAAGCACGGUUUAAUCCUCAUCUGAAGAAGUUUUUGUUCUUUCUUGUGGCUUUUUCUGAUUCUUCCUCUCCUUUCUGUUUUAGGUGGGCUGGUAUGUGACGCUGCACAUCACUGAUGUGCCAUUUUCCGUGAUGGAGAGCGUCCAGUCAGGCCGACCUCUUAUGUUGGUGUCCCUGUUGCCUCAUGAACAGAAGGUACGACCACUGUAACAACAUCCGAAACCCUUUUUUUCUGAUCACUUGUAGUUUGUUAAAAUAGUCUUUUCUGUCAUUUUGAUUAUUUUCUCACCUCCACACAGAUGUCAGUGAUGCACCUCUUGGUGAGGAGACACCCCAGCAACACAGAGCCAAUCAAAUCCAAGGAGGAGCUGGUGUUCCACUGCGGCUUUCGGAGGUUCAGAGCUUCUCCCAUCUUCUCCCAGCACACGUCAGGUACGACAUCUGCAAAUCAAGCAAAGAUACAUAACCCUGACUACAAAAUAUGAAGGGCUCACCCACAUCAGGGGUCACAAGAGUAACAUUUCAUUUGGAUCUGCUCUGGUGCUGAAGUAAAAACAACCGCUUUGACAGCAAGAGAGUGUGACAACGAUUUUCAUAUUCUUGGAAUUAAAUUGGUUCAUUUUCUAGUUCUGGGACCGUUUACUUAGGCUGAAACAAUCAUUUACUGUCCAAUAAUAUUGAUUUGCUGUUAUGUCUAAACAAACAAUAGAAGAAUGAAUGUGGAGGCGAGUGGUCUGAGACCAACGCUGGCUGCUGGAUGCGAAGCAGUAAAUGAAUUAUUGAGUGUUAAACUUGGCUUGGCUUUUCUCCAGCUGACAAGCACAAGAUGGAGCGCUUCCUCAGGCCAGAUGCCCCCACCGUGGUGUCCGUGUACGCUCCCAUCACCUUCCCGCCCGCCGGAGUCCUGCUCUUCAAACAGAGGAGCGAUGGUGAGAUGAAAUAAGUAGAUUUUGUCAUAACCCCACUGCCUUUAUUUUGAACUUUUGACCACCAUUAGCUUGUCUGUUUUAAUGGUUUUAUUCAAUUUUCCACUUAAGCUGAUUUUGUCCCAGGUCUUUAGCUGUUUUUCUUCUUGCUUUGGCUUUUUAGGCAUCCAGGAUCUGGUAGCUACAGGCAGUCUGCUCAGCUGUGACACUCAGCGCAUUGUGCUCAAGAGGAUAGUGCUGAGCGGACACCCGUUCAAAAUAAACCGGCGCUCCGCUGUCGUCCGUUACAUGUUCUUUAACAGAGGUAUGAAGAUAUUAUUAUUCUCCUUUUUCAGAUAAAAUAUCAAAUUUGACACGUAGGGUUGACCGUUUUUUUUUGCUCCUUUCCGUCACAGAUGAUAUCAUGUGGUUUAAACCAGUGGAGCUGAGAACAAAGUGGGGUCGAAGGGGCCACAUCAAAGAGCCUUUAGGUAACAACAUUUUAAAAUAUAAACACAAUUUCAGACACUGUGAUCAAAAAAUUGUUAAUUCUUAUGAAUUCUGACUGUUAUAUUUACAUUUUACAGGAACACACGGGCACAUGAAGUGUGUUUUUGACAACCAGCUGCGCUCUCAAGACACUGUCAUGAUGAAUUUGUACAAGAGAGUGUAUCCUCGCUGGACGUACGAUCCCUACGUACCCCUACCACUACCCUGGGUGAAGAGCGAGACCACGGUGGAGAUGGACGACUUGGAUAUGGAGUAGCGUACGGACUUGACUCGCGCGAACUGACACUCUGACUCACAGUGUGAUCACCUGUCAUCAUUAAAAGUAAUAGUUAUUAAUUAAAUACGCAGUAAUACAAACUCC